AUGGUCCAGUGCAAAUCCCUCCUGGUGACGUUGGCGGCCGCAUCGGUUGUUGUUGCUGGUCCUUGCAAGCCCAGUACCACCAGCCCAGUCCUCAGCACCACAACAGCAAUCGAAGAGACUGGCAGCAUUGAAACAUCAACUGUUAGCAGUACCACCGCCGUUGAUACUACCACCAUUGCGACCACUACAACGAUAGAGGCCGACACCACUACAAAUGCAAUUGAACAGACUUCCAGCACCGAAGCUUCCCCGGUCGUGGACACCACUAUUGUUGAUACUUCUACCGUCGAGGCCACUACAACUGCUGCCCUCACGAAAACGACUGCAGAGGCUGAUGCCACGACUACAACCACAGUCGCAGAGACAACUACUACUGCGCCCUGCGCCGCGGCGCCGACAGCCUGCGGUAUCUACGGGUACUUCGUCACUGGCAAUACGCUGCAGUACAUCACGAGCCCAGGGACAAAGGAUACUGCCAAAGAUUGCGUGCAGGCCUGUGCUGAUUAUCCUGGGUGCGAUGUCGCCAACUUCUACUACCAAGUCGCCCCAGGAUACGAGAAGGGCGUUUGCGAGUUUUACAAGGGUACAGUUAAGACGGAUGGCCAGGUGACUCCAUACCAAUGGUAUCAGGUCUGCUGCUUGGCCGAUAUGUAA